AUGGGCAUCUGGGACUCUCUCAGUGGGCGCAAGGAGGGCAACGCCCCCCAGGCCUUCGACCCUUCUACGGCCCAAGACACCUCUUCCUUCCUCUCCGAGGUCGCCCUUCCCGAUCCCACCAAGCUCCAUCCCCUGGCCGGCCUUAACCAGGAUACUCUCGAUUACCUGUCCCUCGAAGACACCGCCCUCGAUGAAACCCCCGGUUCCCGCUCCUUCCUGCCCUCCCGCGGCUGGUCCGACGACCUUUGCUACGGUGCCGGCACCACAUAUCUGGUUGCGCUAACUGUCGGAGGCGCAUGGGGUCUUGCGGAAGGCCUGAACAAGACACCAGCGACCGCUCCCCCUAAGAUUCGUCUCAAUGGUGCUCUUAACUCGAUUACCCGCCGUGGCCCGUUCCUCGGUAACUCCGCGGGUGUUGUCGCAAUGGUUUACAAUGGAUUCAACUCUUCAAUCGGUUAUGCGCGUGGCAAGCACGAUGCUGCCAACAGCGUUGUGGCUGGUGCACUGAGCGGCAUGCUUUUCAAGAGUACACGCGGUGUGAAGCCCAUGAUGAUUUCCGGUGGCAUUGUCGCAUCUAUUGCCGGUGCUUGGGCCGUGACACGAAAGGCUCUCUUCUAA